AUGGAAGCUUUGGUGAGCACCAGCAUGGAAGUGUUCUUAAAACCACCCAAAUUAGAAUUGCUAAACCAGUUGCUUCUAUUUGAGCCUAACAAGUGCUAUCCUCAUGAAGAAGUGUUGCCCCAGUUACUUGUUCAAUGCCUUCUUGAAAACCUGGUUUUUCAUUUGCAAAGGGUCAAAGAAGAAAUCUCAUGGCCAGAUUUCUCUUCUGCUGCUUUUUCCUUCCCUCCAAGAAGCACCACUGGUGUACGUGCUAGCAUGUUGAAUAUAAACAAGGACUCAAACAUAGAAGAAAACUGCACCACAACAAGAUUCUUGUUUGAUCACAAAGCCAUCAACGAGCUAAAAUCCAUGUCAACAUGUUAUGAAACAAAGCCUACACGGUACCAGGUAUUAUCUUCAUUCAUAAACAAACAUAUGAUUGUAGCAAUCAAAGAGGACAAAACAAGACCAAUGGUUGCAUUUCAUGUUGUGGACAUGAGAAAAAGAAUGGGGGAGCCUUUCUUAAAACGUGCUAUUGGAAACUUGUUGUGGCCUGCAUUGGUUAUUCUUGAGGGUGUAAACAAGAACACUGAGAUCAUAGAUUUGGUUGAAAUUCUAAAAGAAUGA